AUGACUGAAGUCUCGUCCACCCGACUCUAUCUCGGGAACCUCCCUCGCAAUGUGACCAAACAGGAUAUCGAAGAGCAUUUUAGCACCCAUGGUUCCGGGAAAAUCACAGAGAUCAAACUCAUGAAUGGCUUCGGCUUUAUCGAAUAUGAGGAUGCAAUGGAUGCCAGAGAUGUCGUUCCAGACGGCAGUGAUUUCAAAGGCGAGCGUCUCACCGUGCAAUUUGCCCGUGGACCGCGCCGUAAGGAGAACUUCCCUGGCCCAAUGGACCGUCCUAACAUGCCACGCCCGCGUCGCACGAUCUUUCGCAUGUUGGUUUCUGGACUCCCGGAAACAAGUUGGCAGGAUCUCAAAGACUUUGCACGCCAGUCUGGCCUGGACGUGGUUUAUUCUGAAACCGGCCGUGAGCUCGGCAGAGGGUUCGUUGAGUUCGAGACCGCCAACGAUUUGAAGACAGCCAUCGAGAAGCUGGAUGGACGCGAAUUCAAAGGUUCUCGCGUAACCUGCAUUGCGGAUAUCCAACCCCAUCCGGAGGAACGUGCUGUCCGUGAUCCAUACCGGUCUCGGUCCCCGCGUCGGAGCUACCCCCCUAUGGAAGAAUACGACCGUCGGUUCCCUGCCCCGCGUGGUUACAGUCCCCGGGCUCACUAUCGGGAACGGUCCCCCGUGCCGAUCCGAAGGGACUACUACGAGCGGGAUGGAUAUGGCCGCCGUAGUCCUCCCCGUCCUCGGAUGGAAGACUACCCUCCGCCGCGUCGUCCCUAUGAGGACCCGUAUGAUGUCCGACCCCCGCCGCCUCCUCGCCAUUAUGAGGACCCAUACGCACCCCCCAGGCCUUAUGGACGUCCUCGGAGCCCACCCCGGGGCGAAUACAUGCCUUACGACCGCCGCGGUUACUGGUAGUCGCCUGUAAUUAGUUGAUUGGUUGUUUUCCACUCAGCGCAUGGCGGAUACCCAAUGUGCUUGCGUUCCCUUUGUACUCAUGUGAAUUUGUUCCCUAUCCUGGCCAUCCGGGGAUGAUUCGACUUACCCGACGCGAACUCACCAUCUGGACCAAGACGGGCGAAAAUACUAUGCGUGUGUCGGGUUGAAACAGAAACGGAAACGGAAACGGAAGGACACUGGUGCUUACUUAUCCCACUUGACGAGACCAUGAUUUGCUAGUUCCGCUGGUCCCGGGCUCCGACUGGAAGGUUUCCCGUGGUUCCAAAGCAGGCAUCUGUGGACUGCACAAACCAACCGACGAGGCGCUCAGCGG